AUGAAAUGUAAGGAACGCUCUCUGGGCUCGGACCUAGUUGGCGAUGAUACGGCUAAACGCACCAAGAAGGUCGGCGUCGUCGGUAAACACGAAACCAGCUACUGUGCCUCCCUCUGGAAAAUGGUGAAGAAAAUUGAAAUCAGCCAGCAUGCCAAGUACACUUGCUCCUUCUGUGGCAAAACUAAGAUGAAGAGACGGGCUGUGAGGAUCUGGCACCGUGGUUCCUGCGUGAAAACGGUAGCCGGUGGUACCUGGACCUACACCACCACUUCAGCUGUCACAGUAAAAUCUGCCAUCAGAAGACUGAAGGAAUUCAAAGACCAGGAGAAGCUCCAUAGACAUUUGGAAUAUCACUAG